AUGACAAAAAAUUUUUCAGGAGACAAUUUAGUAAUUACAAGCUCACGUAGUAGUGAUGGAUUGUUAUCCCCACCCAUAGACACAAGAAAUUCUGCUUUUUCACAGAUGGUGAACGCUACUGGCGAUACAGUUCAAGCAAUCGACGCCACCAUAACUACAACAGCCAAUGUAGUGGGAGUUGUAUCAGUCGUUUCUGGCGGUCUUGGAACAAUCACAACUUUCGCAGCAUUUGCACCAUUGAUAUCAGAGGUAUUGAAAUUAGUUGAAGGAACUGUGCAACUCUAUCAAACUGCCGAACAUAAUAAACGUGUUUGUGGCGUACUACUAGAUCGUAUGAUCGCGGCGGAAGCAGCCGUGAAAAACCUCGAAAUACGUAAAAGUGAAUAUCAUGAUUUCUUUAAGAGCGUUGACAAUUUUAGAACAUUUCAAAUUUUUAAAAAUACGAUCGAAAAAACUAAACGGUUUAUCGCAGAAAUUUCACAAAUAAAGGGUUUGAGGAAAUUCACAACUGGCAUAUUACAGGCUAACACAAUCAAAAAGAAUUUUAAUGAGUUGACGAGGGAAUUUGAUGGGUAUAUGGCGUUACUGCAGUUUACUAUCACUAUUGAUGCCAAAUCACAGCAGCAAAAAGAUCGCGAAGUAAUUGAAGAAGAUAUGAACGAUUUUAAGAAUGUAUACGUUAUUGAAGAUAAGCCAUUGAGUAUUAGUGAGUUCUAUCCACUGAGAGAAAACACUGAAGGAAAAGUGCAAAAACGCAGAAGAAAAACAGAUUAUACUGAUGUAGCAUUCAAAGAAGUGACAUUAACAGAUGGCUUGGAAUCAGAUAUCCAAACACAAGUAACGAUUCUAAAGAAAUUACGCGACUCACCAAAUAUCAUUCAAUUCUAUGGUCUAGCGAAUGAAAACCAUAAAAAAUAUCUAGUCACCGAAUGGGCACAAUAUGGAAAUCUUCGAGAAUUUUAUGAGUCUCAACCACCUUUAUUUGAUUGGAAAAGAAAGAUUGAAUUUGCCUUGGAUAUCUGUCGUGGACUAUCUUAUCUUCAAGCAGUCAAUAUUAUCCAUCACGACAUCCGAAGUGAAAAUAUUUUGAUUAAUGAUGGUUAUAAGGCAAAAAUUGCGAAUUUUGGUCUAUCGAGAGGGCUCAGUGAAGCUACAAGAAAUAUUGGAGCAAAUGCUGAUAAUGUACGUUACAUGGCACCUGAAAAAUUAAGUAAUCGAAAAUAUUAUUAUGAUUCUAAAUGUGAGAUUUACAGUUUCGGAAUAUUGUUAUGGGAAAUAGCAGAAGCAAAAAGACCUUAUGGGGAUAUUCCAUUUGAUAUCGUUAAAAUACGUGAGAGGGUAGUUACUGACAAAUAUCGAGAAUCCUUCUCUAAUCCAAAUAUUCCACAUGAAUAUAAAAGAAUAGUAAACGAAGCCGUACACGAUGAUCCCAGUAUGCGACCUUCUAUAACCGAUUUCUUUAAAGUUCUUCAACCUAUUUGGCAAAGAACACAGCCACCACCGUCACCUAGAAUAAAAUUUGCUAAUAUAGAAUUUCCGCUGACGCAACAUGAAGACGACCAGAAAGAUGAAUUAGAACCCGAAUUUGAAGAAGAAGAAUUAGUAAUCGAGAACCCUAAAAUGCCACUAACUGACGCUAUCAAAGAGCACAAAAAGAAAGAUGGGGAUAAACAACUUGCAUGGAGAACCUUUAGCGAAUAUAAGGCUAUCGGAGACCUCUUAGGAAAAUAUUGGGUCGGUUAUUACGUUUACUACAACAUUCUUGAUUGGCCUGAAGACGAGAAACCUAAAGAACAACGAUUACGUGAGGCCGCAAUGUUAUUCAAACAGGCAGCAGAUGACGGUGAAAUUCCCGAAGCUGAACUGCGAUUUGGUCACUGUCUAUGGAAAGGAGAUGGCGUUGAGAAAGAUGUCUCGCAGGCAAUAAAGUAUUUCGUACGGUCAGCUGAUCAUGGAAAUUCCACAGCAAUGUAUAAUGUUGGAAAUUUAUAUUAUAAUGGAUUAGGAACGAAACAAGAUCAGCCGAAGGGAGAACAAUACUUGAAACUAGCCGCAUAUAAUGGGCAUCCAAAAGCUGCCGAAAUGUGUAAAAAGAAUGGCAUUGAAUUGUAA